AUGGAGGUAGUGGUGGUGGUGGUGGAAAUUUGUGGAAUUACUGGUGGUGGAACUAAUCUAGGAUUGGUGGUGGAAAUUUGUGCAUUUUUUAUGGGUUUUGGGUUUAAUUUUGGUGGAUUGAUUGUUGGUGAUGUGGCAGUAGGUGGUGUAAGAGCAAUUCUAAGGGAGAGUUGCAUCAAGG